AAAAUAAGUGUUAAUAAUUUUUUAAAUCGUUAUUUUACUUAAUUUUACAUCGAUUUAACUUUGCGAUAAAAAUGGUUAAAGUUGGUUCCUAAAGACUAUAAUACAAAAGUAAUGUCCAUUAGCAAAAAAAAAAAAUUAAAUCGAUAUAAUGUUAGUGUCUGCAUUUGAAAUUUAGUUUUUUUAUGAUUUAUCACUAAUAUUGUGUUAAAAAAUUCAAUUAUGGUGAAAUAGGUGAUGUUGCACAAUUGGUACACAUAUCCAAAUCAGUGGUCCGCGUUAGACCAGCUCGUUCCGCGGGGCAUGUACACAUUCAUGAGGGUGACCACUGAAACCACCUCGUCGAGCGAUCCAGUGAAAAAGCUUCCUUUAGCUAAGAGUGGUUGCAUUUACGAAGAAGAGGAGAAAACGUCUUCAGGCCACUCGGAUGACUCGAGUGCUCCCGUGUCAAAAUACAGCCGAGACAACUGCAUCGUGAACUGUAGGAGGGAAAAUAUGAUCUUUUUGUGCAACUGCCAACCCUACUAUUAUCCAACGACAGAUGACGUCAGAUUUUGCGACUUAAGUGAUUUACCUUGCAUUUUUAAGUACAAAGCUCAUUUGAGUCGUGUGCGGCCGUUGAAAAGGGAGCUGCAGGAAGACGGAGAGCAAGUUUGGAAUGGACAGGAGGGAAUGGAUUGCGACUGCUUUCCGCAAUGCAAUGAAGUUAACUACAGAGUCGAGUCAACGGCUGGAAAUCUGAAGCUUUCUUAUUUCAACAAAUAUGAACCAGAAAAUUACUCUGUUUUCUACGUGUUUUACGGGAAAAUGACUGGCACAAGGUACAAAAGAGACCUCCUCCUUUCUGCUGACACUAUGCUAAGCAACGCUGGUGGUCUGUUUGGACUGUUCAUGGGGUUCAGUUUGCUGAGCGUGGUGGAAUUUGUGUAUUUUUUCACGGUGAGGCUCUACUUUGAGUCAAGAGAUAAGAGGAAAAGAAAGGAGUCGUUGAAAAGGUGGAGCGCCAAAGUGGGCCCCAAGAGUUGGAAAAUCAAUCGGAGAGCUCGGUUGCCUUUCCGGGAUGAUUUUGGGAGGCUGCACAAGCAUCGAGAGCGCCGAACACACUUUGUUUACUGACUUCCUGUCUUUGAAAUUUAAAAUCUCCUAGGCACAAUGAAAAAAAUAUGA